AUGUCUGAUCCGCCAGCGCGGAACGAAAAGACCACAAAGAAUGUCCCAGAAGACUCCUCUGAUUCUGUCCCUCAGCUUCCACCCUCAGAUGACGAUGAUACUGUCUUUCUUUUCGACACUCCGCUCGCUGUUCUCUAUAAAUACCCGGUCCCUGCAGCCAUUGCUGCAAACACCCCGCACGACGAGUGUCCGCGAAUUAGCUCUAUGCUACUAACCCAGUCAGCAAUGUUCGUUGUAGCCCGUGGUCGGUUUUCUGUCUACCAAUUGCUUGGCCAAACUAUUGCGUAUGUGCGCUGCGGUAGUGAGUUUGCGCACCCCAUUCUCCCCAGAACCCGAGUCUGGCGCAUCGCGCGUGCCCAAUACUUACUCCCGCAACCGGUCCCCCGAAAGUUCUGGCGCAUAGAGCUUCCAGAGUCUGAUACAGAGGAAAUCCGUACUCUCGAUAAUUUAUUUGCCAAAAUAUGUAGCUUUCAAAUUGUCUAUGAAGACGAUCCUGCAGAAGAACAACCUGUAACGCGCUCGCACCGGCUCCGCUCAAGACAAAUGCCGCAGACUCGAGUAGUCAGUGAAUCUUCAUCCGAAAUGACAAGCAUGCUGGUGCGCCAAUAUGAGGAAAUCAUGUCGACCCAACAGCAAUCAGAGGCUCCUAGAAUCCGCAAAAGCCUCCCAUCUCGUCGCACAGCUACCCUAGAACCCGCCGUGGAAGACCCAUUUGGGUUCCCGCUCAACUCACCCCCUAAACCAUUCACCAGAGCCACAACCGAAACUUCCUUGUGUGUUUCACCAUCUUCUCCUCUUUCGCGUUCUUUAUGUACUUCCCCAAUCUCUACCCCAGGCCCUUCUUCGCCGCUAUUUCUUCAUGACUACCCCUCGCCUACGCUCUCCGAUAUUGAGGCAUGCUCGUCUCCUAAACAUAACCACAUGUUGAAUCUAGAGACUUGCUCUACUGGCGCUUAUACCCCAGAGUUUUCCUCGUCCUCAUCUACCCUAGACAAUAUCUUGGACGACUUCCCGGAUACCGUUGGAGUUGCUCAAUCAACCAACUCAACGGCCCUCCCAGGACUCCACGACACGACCACACCUAGGUCCUUGCUACCUGUAUACUCGCUGGACGAGCAGGUGCUGGCCGCCGUGGCUGCUCAACGUGCAUCUCCUUUCACAUCGCAGGAGCCCGUUUAUUCAGUGAGCAGGUGCGCGAGUUUCACAGAAAGCAGUACGACUGUUGUGGGCGACGAACUCGAAAAGGAUCAGGAGACAGUAACCGAGAACCAUGCGAGUUCUCUGCUGUCUUUUUCUCCAGAAAUGGAACCGAAAUCAGUCGAGUCCAAACGCAUGUCGCUUGGUCGCAUGAUUUCGUCGGCGGCUGUAGCUGCUGUUGCGGCAGCAGCGGCAACCCUUUACGGCGACGCAACUAAUUCUGGCACCAAGCAGAACGCGCCAGUCACCAAAAGAAAUAACAAUCGGCUACAACCAGAUAUAACAACAACAAAAUCAUCAUCAUCACCACCACCAUCAUCAUUAACAACGGAUUGGUAUGGAGAAUACGACCGGCGCCGCUCUCGCAAAUCCUACGGCCCACUCGGAGUCUUGUCUACAAAUAAACAACACCCAAACAAGCUCUGUCCGCCGCUCCCCACCCGAACCUUGUCUUCGCUAGGCUCAACCCAAUCGCCAGCAUCAUUAUCUACCGUCACCGUGCUACCUCCAAAACCACGGUUGUCACGUAGUGCAAGCACUAGUAGUUUGGCUACGCUUGGUGUGAUGGCUGUGCCUGUUUCCCCUGGGCUUGGUGUGCGCGUGUUUUCGCCUGGAUCUGGUAGUAGUGACGGGCCCAGGUCUAGGCGAAAUAGUAUUGACGAAGAUAGAAAUGUGGCCCGCACAAUAACCAUGCUGACUCCUGCGGAAAAACAUGCUGCAAUGUUUGGGACACAGGAUUCGGGACUUUCCCGGUAUUAUCAUCGGUCUCCUCUGCCAGAAGAAUCCAAUGGAACAAACCCCAUGUUAGCAAUGUGGGGAUCUAAGUAG